AUGUUCGGCAAGAGCAUUAUUUUAUUACUGGUAUUGGCCGUGGCCGUUGCCACAGCUGAACCGCCCCUUUUCCGUCCACGCAGUAGCCGUCUUCAGCAACGCCGGCCAUUCUUCGCUCGCCAAGAAUCAGUUCCCUCACCACCACAACCUGACGCCGCACCCUACCCGUCGGCCGAUGAAUUGAAACCAGAAAAUCCCUUCCAAGGUGAGGAGGAAACUACUGAACCGGAUCUGGUUUACGGCCCACCAGAUUCCACCUACGGACCACCAUUGCCCGCAACAGAUCCCUUGCCUGCCGUUGAAGGACCACCAGAAUUUGCUCCCAAUCCAGACGCCGAGGAAUUUGCACGUUUUAGCCAGCGUCCUGCACGUUUGCAACAACGCACCCAGCUGCAUCUCGUACAGCGUACUCAACGACUACAACAACGAAAGCAACAGCAAAAGGCCGUCAUUAAGCAGAUUGUCAAGGCGCCGCAGCAGAAGGCGACCAUUAAGCAGGUGGUGAGUACACAGCGCUUGGUGGCGAAGCCUGCGCCCGCUGCCGCCGUUGUUGUGUCAGCACCCAUUGCAGCAGCAACACCAGCCGUCACACCGGUGAAUGUGGUGAUCAACUCAGAGCGCUUAGUGGCAGUUGAACCAACACCUCUUCUUAGCUCCGCCAUCAGUUCACCCCUCGCAGAGUCGUACGUUGUGAUCAAUUCGCCAUACGCUCUGACCUCGCAAUACUCGUACCAGUCGUGGUGA